AUGCACGUGUCCACAUGCAGAGACUCCUUCACCUUCCUUCUCAGUCUUUAUAUACAGAUUAACACUGAUCAGUUCACCAAUGUCAGUGAGUCCUAUGAAUUGAUUCCAAUUCUGGGGAAGAAAAUGUUUGAGAAAGCUUCAAUGAUGCCUUGUUCACUCUUACCACUCGUCCUUUUUCUUUCCCUUUGUUGCUCUCUUCGUGCGGAGACUUUCAGGGAGGAAGAAUAUGCUUCUGGGAUGAGACCUUCUAUGGUGAAGAGGGAACAUAGGAAGACUUUAAUGAUAACAGAAUAUGGGGAGAUCUCAACCGUUGAUAUCUCUAGGGGAACAAGAGGAGCUUACCAUCUUGAGUUCAUCACCUUGGUGCCUCGUUCCUUGUUUCUUCCUGUCCUUCUUCAUACUGAUAUGGUGUUUUAUGUGAAAACAGGGAGGGGGAAGCUGAGUUGGGCUGAAGAUGGAAGAGAACUGAAGAGGGUGAAUUUAAGGAGAGGAGAUGUGUAUAGAUUACAUCCAGGCUCAAUUUUCUUUCUGCAAAGUAGCUUGGAGCCAGAAGGAGAGAAGCUGAGUAUUUAUUCAAUAUUUUCAAAUACAGAUGAAGAUGUCUAUGAGCCAGCCAUUGGAGCAUACUCUAGCAUCAGAGAUUUGGUCCUUGGCUUUGAUAAUAAACUCCUCCAAUCAGCUUUUAAGGUCCCAGGUGAUGUAAUAGAAGGAAUGACUAAAGCAAUGAGGCCACCACCCAUUGUCCAUGCAAUGCAAGAGAAGAAAUCAAUACUUUUGGAACUAGAAUCUAGAUUUCUACAAGCACUUACUGGCAACAAAGCUAGUUCCUUCCAUGGCAUCAAUGGUGGGAACAAGAAAACCAAGACAUUCAACAUUCUAGAAGCUGGCCCAGAUUUUGAAAACUGUAAUGGAUGGAGUGUGACUGUUGACAGAGGAGACUUGAAAUCCCUAAGAGGUUCUAAUAUUGGUGUUUUCAUGGUGAACUUGACAAAGAAAUGGCAGUAG